AUGGCCAAGCGCACUGUCAGUUUCCUGGGCCCUAUCGCCUCGUAUUCUCACCAGGCGGUUCGGCUAGCCUUUUCAGAGCAGGAGUGGGAUUUCCAACCUGUAGUCACAAUUGAUGAUGUUUUCAAAAGUGUUCAAAAUGGCGAGGUGACCGCAGGGGUGGUACCUUUUGAAAAUUCUACAAAUGGCUCAGUCGUCUUCACCUUGGACAACCUCGCUGAUCGGAAUGGUGUAUACCCUGACAUCACAGUUGAGGGAGAGGUUUAUGUCAACGUCCACCACUGUCUUCUCGGUCACAAGGAGGCAGGAUCCCUCUUGGAGGACCAGCUUGAUGGUUCUGGUACACGGACGCCCACAGCUGCAGACCCCAGUCCUUCGCGGCCAAGGACCAAACCUUUGACCAGCUUGAAGCACAUCCAGAGACUGUAUUCUCACCCACAAGCCUUCGGGCAGUGCACCGCAUUCAUCUCAACCUAUCUGAAAGGGGUCGAAAUCUUCGAAGUGAGCUCGACGAGCAAAGCAGCAGAGAUUGUAAGCCAAGACAAGAGCGGUACCUGGGCAGCUAUCUCCAGUCAAUUGGCGUCGCAGAUCCACAACUUGGAUCUCCUCGGCAAGUGGAUCGAGGACCGAGAUGAUAACACAACCCGGUUCUUGAUCAUUGGCAAGAGCCCGGCUUCUACGGCGGACUGGGGGGUUCGGAAACACGCAAAUGGUCAGAAGGGAACCAAGUCGUUGGUUUCCUUCACAGUACCACAUGAGUCACCGGGUGCUCUGGCCGAGGCUCUCGGCUGCUUCCAGGCUUUCAACCUGAAUCUCACAAGCAUCAACAGCCGGCCCAGCCUCGUCAACCCUUUCCAGUACAUAUUCUUUGUCGAGUUCGAGGGGCACAAGAAACAGGAUCCCGAGGGCCGGGUAAAAGGGGCAUUGGACAAAAUCAGCCAUGUUGCUGAGAGUUGGAGGUGGUUGGGUAGUUGGGAGAGAUAUCAAUGA